CAGGGUUGGAGUUGAUCUGAUCGUCUUUGGAUCUUUAAAACCCCAUUUUACAGAGGUUGAUGUUGACACGUAAACACAUUUAUUUGUUUUAGUUUGUUGUGCUUCGCUGGCUACGGUUUCAGACACACCAAUUUAGCAUAUUUUCCAGCAGAGAUCAUUGUGAGAUCGUGGGUCGGGAGGAUGACAGCUCGAGUGUAUUGCUUGUUGAUUGCUAGUUUGUGUCUGUUCGGAUACUUGAGCAUAACAGACACUGGACGAACCACAGCAAAGCCAGGAAAGUGUCCACCCCGAUCAUCUGGAACUAGAUCGUGUACCAGUUCCCCCUGUAAGAAUGACUCUAACUGUCCCAACAAUGAGAAGUGCUGCAGCAAUGGCUGUGGACUUUACUGUACUGCUCCAUAUACAGUGAAGCCGGGUCAGUGUCCCAACCCAAAGAACGUUCCACUGUCUGCUGAAAGCUGUUCCCAUGAUGGCCAGUGUCCUGCCACAAAGAAAUGUUGUCCAACCACCAGUAGCCGUGCAUGCAGUGAACCACGUGGCCAGGGGAGCGGCCGUGGCCAGGGGAGCGGCCAGGGCCAGGGGAGCGGCUUUGGCCAGGGGAGCGGCCAGGGAAGCGGCUUUGGCUUUGGCCAGGGAAGCGGUUUUGGCCAGGGGAGCGGCCAGGGCCAUGGCCAGGGAAGCGGAUUUGGCUUUGGCCAGGGAAGCGGCUUUGGCCAGGGGAGCGGUCAGGGCCAUGGCCAGGGAAGCGGCUUUGGCUUUGGCCAGGGAAGCGGCUUUGGCCAGGGGAGCGGUCAGGGCCAUGGCCAGGGGAGCGGUCAGGGCCAUGGCCAGGGGAGCGGAUUUGGCCAGGGAAGUGGCUUUGGCCAGGGGAGCGGCUUUGGCCAGGGAAGUGGCUUUGGCCAGGGGAGCGGUCAGGGCCACGGCCGGGGAAGCGGCUUUGGCCAGGGUUAUGGUCAGGGCCAGGGUUAUGGUCAGGGCCAGGGAAGCGGCUUUGGCCAGGGUUAUGGUCAGGGCCAGGGAAGCGGCUUUGGCCAGGGGAGUGGUCGGGGCCAGGGAAGCGGCUUUGGCCAGGGUCAGGGGAGUGGAUAUGGUAAGGGAAUUGGGCAAGGAAGUGGUCAGUAAAGUGAUCAAGGUCAGCGACGUUGUCAGGGAAACUGUCUUUAAAACUUUCAUAAGAGUUUUGGAUAACACCUACGGAGAUCUUUUUGAUUCAGUGCCCUUUUUGACACCCAUAUGGCAUUUUCCCUUUUUACUUAGUUUAGAAAGAUUGUUGCUAUCUCCCUUGCCUCAAAUAAAAAGAAAAUUGCUUGAUUGAA